GUAUGACGUCAUUCACAAGCAGCGCGUCCCAUGAGCAGACAAGAAGGAUUUAACAGUGCUGCAGUCAUAGCGAUCACUUCUGAAAAAUGUCUGAACAACGAGCCUUAAAGAAUCCCUAUGCCGAUUAUACAGGGCCUGGAUGUACACAAGACAUGUUUGACAUGCAGGGCAAUAUGACCCAUCAAUUUGCCAGUCAUGUAAGCAGAAAGAUCGGUGAGCUGCUGGCCAUCAUGGAGAAUGGACUGAAGAAUGCCGAUCCCAGGGACUGUACAUGCUACACUGGCUGGGCAGGAAUUGCCCUUCUAUAUCUGCAUCUCCACAGUGUGUUUGGAGAUCCCUCUUACCUGCAGAGGGCUCUGGAUUAUGUCAGUCUCAGUCUGAGGAGUUUAACCCAGCGCUGGGUGACCUUCCUUUGUGGAGAUGCUGGGCCGCUGGCUAUAGCUGCAGUGGUAUAUCAUCGCCUCCAGAAACCUCAUGAGGCUGAGGAGUGUGUGAACAGGCUGCUGCAGUUCCACCAGUGUGUAGUGCAGGGGAGUGGCAGACUUCCUGAUGAGCUGCUGUAUGGCAGAGUGGGGUAUCUUUAUUCGCUCAUCUUCAUCAAUCGGCAAUUUCAGCAGGAGGUUAUCCCCAUUCAAUACAUUCAACAGAUCUGUGAUGCUGUGCUGGUGUCUGGACAGAGUCUGUCUCAGAAAAACAGGAUUCAGGAACAAACCCCCCUUAUGUAUGAGUGGUAUCAGGAGGAGUAUGUCGGUGCCGCCCAUGGACUGUCUGGGAUCUACUACUACCUCAUGCAGCCUGGUUUUGUUGCUGGAGAGGACAGGAUUUCUACUCUGGUCAAACCCAGCGUGAAGUACAUGUGCCAGCUGAAGUUUCCAUCAGGGAAUUACCCUCCAUAUGUGGGGGAUUCUCGAGAUCUUCUGGUGCACUGGUGUCACGGCUCUCCAGGAAUUAUCUACAUGUUGAUACAGGCUUUCAAGGUGUUUGGUGUAAAGCAGUAUUUGGAGGAUGCGCUGCAGUGUGGGGAAGUGAUCUGGCAGAGGGGUCUUCUGAAAAAGGGCUAUGGGCUUUGCCAUGGAGCUGCUGGAAACGGGUAUGGUUUCCUGGCCCUUUACAAAAUCACGCAAGAUCCCAAACACCUCUACAGAGCCUGUGUGUUUGCAGACUGGUGCAUGAAUUAUGGAAAACAUGGCUGCCGGACUCCAGAUACUCCGUUCUCUCUGUUUGAAGGCAUGGCAGGCACUAUUUAUUUCCUGGCUGAUUUGCUGCAACCAGCUAGAGCGAAGUUCCCUGCAUUUGAAGUGUAAAGACUGUUCCAGACGGCUGAGGUUCUUCGCUUGAGCUUCGUAGAGCUGUAACAACGCAUCCUCUGACAGUGGGAUAGUACUGUCACUCUGCAUGUAUGUCUGCAUAUCUCAAGUCUGCCAAAUUCUCUCAAAGUCGUAUGAGAGUUGCUUUACAUGUGGGAAACAUGACACCAGAGAGAUGCUGUUUACUCUAAUCUAGUUAAAGGUGAAUGGGACUGUAUUUUCAAGACUAUAAAGGAUAAAUGCAUAUGACAAUAAAGUCAUAUGCUUACCAGAUUACACUGAUUUUCUUUGUGAAAUAUUUCUAAAUGUUACUAGGGCAGUUUUCACUGACUCAUUAAUUUGAUGUCAGAAUACAUUCUAACAAAUACAUGAUUGCAACACAGCAGUGUUCAGUUUUCCAUCCCUGUAAAUUUAAGUAAAAAUGCUUACAUACACAGAGUCAACUGCUUUAGCGUUACACUUACAAAAGACACUUUUGGCAGUGUUCAAAUGCUUUCAGUAAGAUUUAUGUCCUUGGUAUAUGCAUUAGUACAAAACAUAUAUAUACAAAACAUGGUUUUUCCUUUUUAAUCUCUUGAUAAUACUGGUAGUGAUAUCAGAGUAUGUAGCAUAUAACGGCGCUAAAGGCACACCUUAAGGAAAAUUUCUUUUUUUUUUUUCUGGUCACAAAGUGUAUCAAGGUUCAAGAAAUACAUUUAUUUUUAUUCAAUAUUGAUGAAGCAGCAUAAGUUACGUGAAAAGAAAUUACAGAAGGUUAUGAAUAGUUUUUUUUUUUUUUUUUUUUUUUUAAAGGUGGUGUGGGAGCCUUUUACCUCACACCUGGGGUAAAAGGCUCCCUCACUUGGAAUAAAAGGCCUCCAAGGGGGGUAUAUUGAUGUAUUGUACAAUUUGUCAAAUUGUGCUAAUAAUUUUAAGAAAGCAAAAUGUUUUUUUUUAUUAUUAUUAAGAUUAUACUUAUUCAAAAUAACCACCUCAGAAAAGGGUGCAUAUUUUCUUGUUAAUUUCAAACACAUUUGACAGUUCAUCUCAAGUAUUCUAUGAACUAAUGAAUCUCCAUUGUGAUUGGAUCAGUCAGUGUGAGCCCACUUUGAACAAUGUUCAUAACAAAUCUAUUCGCCCCACUUAAGAAAAACAAUGUGUUUAAUAGGGGCUUUAGCCCCUGCUACGGGAGGGCUUUUUACCCCAAAUACUAUCCUUUCACUUCUUGGAUAUCUAUUUAAUUUGUAUAUAUAUAAUCACCUUAAAAUUGAAAAUGACAAAUAAGUAUUUUGUUUCAAAAUGAAUGUGAUAAUUUCCAGGUUAUGCAUUAGCUACAUACAUUUACAACAUUUAAAAUAUUAUUAAAUAUUAGAUCAAAUUGCCUUAAAAUCAUACUUUAGACAUUACACGCAAUGAUCUCAUGAAACAGGAAAAUGUUGUAGUUUAUAAUGACAAACUGGUGUUUAGGAAAGUUGUUGUUGCUUUUCAGUGUUUUGGGAGAAAACUUAAAGGAGCCUUUUACCCCCAGGGAGCCUUUAGCCCUGUUGUACCUUACUGCAAAACAAACAUACUGUAUGUUAGAUGGUAGAAUUUGUUUCCAUUUUCAUUUGCAAAAAAAAAAAAAAAUCAUAAUUUGUUCAUUUUCAUCUACACACCAAUAAAAAAAUAGGAAAAAUA